AUGUUCCGCGUCAAGCAGCUUCCGCUGCUUCAGUUUGUUUCGCGGAAACGCCAUCAGUCGACCGUGUCUAGUGAUACGGCACCUGCUACGGCUGCACUGAGCCCCAGGUGGCUUUCAGACGUCAAAACGCGCAUUGGAAAGUGCAUCAGUUUUGGCAUCAACUCGACGCAGGUUGAGGAGGCUGGCUCGAUAUUGCAGGAGACGGCGGACAAUUGGAGAGAGCUUGUAGCAGGAAGCGAAGGCUUUCUCACAGGCAAGCAAUGGCGCGGUCUAUACCGUCAAGAGGUUGUUUGGGGAGAAAUGGUUAGCACAGGUCACGUCAACAAUGUCAUGUAUAAUCGAUAUGCAGAGUCGGCCAGGGUCAAUUGGACAAUGAACUUUGCGGCCAGCGACCCGCAGCAUAGAGCCGAGUGGAUGCAGCUCAUGACACCAGAAAGCGUGGGCUUGAUUCUGCGGAGUAUCAAGACGGAUUACAAAUUUCCGAUGAAAUGGCCAGACAGAGUCACUGUGCUCCAUAAGCUCAGCAACAAGCCCGCUCACAAUAGCGAUCACUUCAUCCUCGAUGUGCUGAUUCUCUCCGAGGCACAUCGGCGCCCAGCCGCGCGCUGCAUUGAAGACAUUGUGGUCUACGACUACCGGACAGCGAAAAAAACACGGCUGCCGCCGUUUAUGAUGGCAAAGUUCGAGGAAACGUUCAAGCUGCAGGAGCAGGCGAAAAAGGAAAACGGCGCCAGGGUCAGGGUGCUUUUAGAGCGGGUGCGGGCGCUGGAGAAGAGUAGCUGGGAUAGGCCGGAUGCAAAGGAGGACUUUGGAAGCGCGACGGAUGCAUAGGGCGGGGGAAUCAUGACCAAGCAAGACGGCAUCUCUGAUGGGCAUGGCUGGUUUGGUAGUCGCAGUCGGGUGAAAUAGAGAUUAAGG